GGGCGGGAACUCAGCGAAACUGGCAACCCCAGCUAGACGUUCGGUGUGCAAAGCGCAUAGCGCACGGACCCUGACACAGCAGUGAGUUCACGAAGCUGGUUUGUGUUGUAGGUUAUUCAGCGACGUCGACUUGGGAAGUGAUCAAAAAUGGAUGAAUGGGAAGAAGAGGAAGCUAAUACUACUACUACUGCUACCACAAAAACCAGCCAUAGCUCAGUUGAAGAUGGGGGCAAUUGGAGCAAUAUAGGAGGAGAAAGAGGUGGUUUUAGAGGUAGAGGAGGCAGAGGACGCAGCAGAGGUUUUGGCAGAAAUGAUCACAGUGGAGGUGAUAAUGGAGUGUGUGAAAAUGAGUUUAUGGGAGGAAGGCGAGGAGGCGGCGGCAGAGGGGUUGGUUUCAUAGGAGGUGGUUUCGGACGAGGUGGUGGCCAGAAUGGGAAAGGAGGCUUUGGAGGAGGCUACCGUGGAAAAGAUGAGGUCUUUGCUCAGUGGGAAGACAAAGAAAAUAAGGAUACCAGCAAUGGUGACAAACCGAAGGUCACUUAUAUUCCCCCAACCCUCCCCGAAGAUGAAGAUUCAAUUUUUGCCCACUAUGAGACAGGCAUCAACUUUGACAAAUAUGAUGAUAUCAUGGUGGAGGUCAGUGGAACCAGUCCACCGCAGGCUAUCAUGACUUUUGAUGAGGCAGGUUUGUGUGAGUCCCUGAGGAAGACUGUCAGCAGGUCUGGUUAUGUGAAGCCAACCCCUGUGCAGAAACAUGGCAUCCCAAUCAUCUCUGCUGGUAGAGAUCUCAUGGCCUGUGCCCAGACAGGUUCUGGUAAAACGGCUGCGUUCCUGCUUCCUAUUCUCCAGCAGCUGAUGGUAGACGGCGUGGCAGCAAGUUCCUUCAGUGAGCUACAGGAACCUGAAGCCAUCAUUGUUGCCCCAACCAGGGAGCUCAUCAACCAGAUUUACCUUGAGGCCAGGAAGUUUGCCUUUGGGACAUGUGUGCGUCCUGUAGUGGUUUAUGGUGGAGUUAGCACUGGAUACCAAAUAAGAGAGAUUUCAAGGGGGUGCAAUGUGCUGUGUGGAACGCCAGGGAGACUGUUGGAUAUGAUUGGAAGAGGGAAGGUUGGGUUGAGUAAGGUGAGGUACUUUGUGCUGGACGAGGCUGACAGGAUGUUGGAUAUGGGUUUUGAGCCUGACAUGCGCCGCCUUGUGGGCUCGCCUGGCAUGCCAUCUAAAGAGAACCGUCAAACUUUGAUGUUCAGUGCCACCUACCCUGAGGACAUUCAGAGGAUGGCUGCUGAUUUCCUCAAAACUGACUAUUUGUUCUUGGCUGUGGGGGUUGUGGGCGGAGCCUGCAGUGAUGUGGAGCAGACAUUUGUCCAAGUCACCAAGUUCUCCAAGAGGGAGCAGCUCCUUGACCUCCUCAAGGCGACUGGAACAGAGCGCACCAUGGUGUUUGUGGAGACCAAGAGACAAGCUGAUUUUAUUGCUACUUACCUGUGUCAGGAAAAGGUUCCGACUACCAGCAUUCAUGGUGACCGUGAGCAGCGGGAGCGAGAGCAGGCUCUGGCAGACUUCCGCUCGGGCAAAUGUCCGGUCCUGGUGGCAACCUCUGUAGCUGCCCGCGGACUGGAUAUUCCAGAUGUACAACAUGUGGUGAACUAUGACCUCCCCAACAACAUUGACGAAUAUGUCCACCGUAUUGGGCGAACUGGUCGCUGUGGCAACAUUGGAAGGGCGGUAUCUUUCUAUGACCCGAAUGCUGAUGGUCAGCUGGCUCGCUCCUUGGUCACAGUCCUGUCCAAGGCCCAGCAGGAAGUGCCCUCAUGGUUAGAGGAGUCUGCGUUCAGUGGCACUGGUAGCAUGGGCUUCAACUCUUCGAAGAACUUUGCCUCCUCAGACUCCAGGAAGGAAGGAUCUUUCCCGGCUGCUCAGACUGCAACUGAUGAAGAUUGGGAAUAGAGGGGGGAUAUUAGAGCAGCAUAACAUUGACCUGAGUUAUUUUUCUGUUCAGAUGUUCAGCUUGUUGUAGUUUUAUCACAGCGUUUUUGUUUGAGGAAAAAAAAAAAAAAAAAAGGUUUUCAGGCCAGACAAAGUUAGAAAUGUCCAGUGAGAUGUUGGGAGAUGGGAAAAUCAGGCUUUCUGUAGGAUGUGACAGCUUUAUCGGUUUUCACCGACAAGCAAAUUGUUAAAAGUAGAUUUUAUUAUUUGUUUUGAAUCAUCACUGGCAUUUGACAUGGUUAAAAAGGGAAACCAAUAUGUCUGACCAAAAGUAAAAACAUAAGGAUGUUGUAUUCUGACUAUAAUUUGUUUUGUACUAGGAUUAAAGAUCACCAGAAAAUAAAUAUUUCUUCAAAGCAAA